AUGGAUUCCAAUUCAAGCCAGGUUGCACCUGUCGAUGAUAGCCGAACCCAGAUCUCCAACCGGGCUGCAACUCAAUGUGACAGGCUAACGAAGACGAGACACAUGGAUCCUCAGCUCUACAAGGCGGCUGCAGGACGCAAAACCAAGUAUGGCCUCGGUGAAAUCCUACAAAAUUUCCAUGAUCUUGGAGACGAACUAACCCCAAUGGAGAACACAGUCCUCCACAUUGCAGCCCAGUUUGGUAAACAGAAAUGCGUGAACUUGAUCCUUAAGGAACAUUCAGACUUAUCUCUACUACGACGUGUCAAUGAACAUGGCGACACUCCACUUCACCUUGCAGCCAGAGAGGGGUAUCAGAAGGUGGUGGAAGCUCUCAUUCACGCUGCAAAACCUCAACCCCCACAACCCUGCGAUAUCGAAAGUCGGGUUGAAUUUCAUCAGGGGAUGCUGAGGACGAUGAACCGGGAGGGAGACACAGCUUUACAUGAAGCAGUGAGAUAUCAUCACCCUAAGGUGGUGAAGUUAUUGAUUAAGGAAGACCCCAUGUUUACCUAUGGCCCUAAUCACAAAGGCAACACUCCCCUUUACAUGGCUGCGGAGAGGGGGUUUGACGACUUGGUGGACAUAAUCCUAGAAAAUUUUGACACUUCACCAGAUCACAGGGGCCUCAAGGGUAGAACCGCUUUGCAUGCUGCCGUAAUUUCCAAACACCCAGAAAUGGUUUAUAAAAUUCUGGAAUGGAAAAAAGAGCUGAUUAAAGAGGUCGAUGACAACGGGUGGUCUCCACUUCAUUGCGCUGCAUACUUGGGCUAUACUUCAAUUGCAAGGCAGUUACUAGACAAAUCAGAACAUGAGAGUCAAAUUGUUGCGAACAAGUAG